CUGCGUGAUAAUCCAGGCGAUUGUAAUUGGAAAAUUGAUAAAUGGAGAGAUAUGGAGCAUAUUGAGAUAAUAGUGCCAAAGGAUCCUCUCCGGAAGGAAUCAUUUCUGACGGUUGACUUUCUCAAGGAGCCUCGAGCCAGCGUCAAAGGCAGCAUGCCAAGGAAAAAAGAAAAAGGAUUUUGGAUUCCUUUAGGUAGGAAAAUGAAAAGGACGACGAUAGGGAAACGGUGGAAGCUUAAAUCAGGAUCAUUUUGCGACUACCUCCCACUGAGGGUCAACUGACUGAGAUAAUAGCAUGCUUAUCUGCGGACUUGCCUCCCAUACAGCGACAGUCUUAUCAGUGAUCUGACGUCCGUAAUCGCAUGCUCGUGGCUGCGGGUAUAGAGUUUUAUUGAAGACACGACGCUUGACGAUUGCUCACCAGUUCUGUCGUCGAUCGCGGCUGCACAGCACAUGCUCCACCAUGGCAUUCUGUCUCCGGACCCACUCAGGACUGUUUAUCAGGCGAAUCCUGUCGCAGAAGUGCGGGAAACCCAUCGAUACUCACAGAAUUCAGCACCUGAGGUUGCUCUCCACGAGUCUCCAGCUCAGCAAAGUCGUCUCAUUCAAUCUAUCGGACAUCGGAGAGGGAAUAAGAGAAGUCAGUGUGAAGGAAUGGUUCAUCAAAGUUGGGGACACCGUUGAGCAGUUUGAUAAUCUGUGCGAGGUGCAGAGCGACAAGGCUUCGGUGACCAUCACCAGUCGCUACGAUGGGAAAAUCGUCAAGAUUUACCACAAGAUCGAUGAUAUCGCCCUCGUGGGACAGCCCCUUGUGGACAUUGAUGUUCAAGAUGACGAUGAAGCGCCCAAGGAGGAAGGAAAGGACCCUGAAAAGCACAGUGAUAGUAGCUCCGAUGAGGAUGAGCCGAAGAAACCCACCGACAAUGCUGAGGAGGAAAGGAAGAAGGUUCUAACGACUCCGGCAGUGCGUCGUCUGGCCAUGGAGAACAAGCUGGACCUGACCAAAGUGACGCCCACUGGAAAAUAUGGGAGGAUUCUCAAGGGAGAUGUCCUUGAGCACUUGAAUUUGAUUCCCGCGGGCACAGUGAAGCCACAUCCGACACUCCUUCAGCAGAAACCCCAAGGAAUCCCAAUUGCACCACCCAAAGUCUUGGCCGAGGAUCGCGUGGAACAGCUGAAAGGGGUGCGAAAGGCGAUGCUGAAGUCCAUGACUGAGGCAUUGAAAAUUCCCCAUUUUGCAUACAGUGACGAAAUCAACAUGUCCAAACUGAUGUCUGUGCGAGAAGAACUAAAGGCAGAUGCUCUGGAAAAGGGUGUGAAACUCACUUAUAUGCCCUUCUUCAUCAAGGCUGCUUCCAGGGCACUUACCCAGUAUCCUAUUCUGAACAGCAGUCUGGAUGAGCCAAAUGAGAGUGUGAUUUACAAGGCGGCGCACAAUAUUAGCGUGGCAAUGGACACUCCGCAGGGUCUCGUGGUGCCAAAUGUGAAGAAUUGCGAGCAAAAGUCUAUCAUAGACAUUGCAAAGGCACUGAAUGAACUGCAAGAGAAGGGUCAGAAAGGCUCCUUGGGCCCAGACGACUUUGCUGAUGGCACCUUUUCGCUCUCCAACAUUGGAAUUAUCGGCGGAACGUACACACAUCCGUGCAUUAUGAGUCCUCAGGUUGCCAUUGGGGCCAUGGGCAGAACCAAACUCGUGCCACGCUUCGGAGCAGAUGGGGAGAUCAUCAAGGCUUUUGUGAUGAGUGUGAGCUGGUCAGCGGAUCAUCGUGUGAUUGAUGGAGUCACAAUGGCAAGGUUCUCGAAUCUUUGGAAGAAAUAUCUGGAGAAUCCCAACCUCUUCCUGCUUGACUGAUCACCAGAGAGGCACUCAGAAGAGUAACUGUUGCAUUUAUUUACACGGCGAAGACAGCCUUAGAGGCUGAACGGUCUCCUAGGUCACCUGGAAUGCAUUUAAAAUUUUGUCUCCUAUGUUUAGUUUAGUUUUCCCCCUUGCAAAGGCGCGCUCUUGAGAUACUUGUUAUUUGUUGUCACUUGGAGGGUUUUUCUUCCAGUUGUUAUAGGAAAAGAAAAGCAUGAAGAAUAAAGAGAAUCAAGUAAACGAAGAGAUUUUGUUGUGAGAAUGUGGGAAGAGAGACUCAAUGAUGAUCCAAAGUGAACUCGAGAUCUUAAGCUGGCGCUGAUGGAUUGAAGAGGUUUGAAGUGUGAUCGCGAAGAUUCUUAAAGAGAGGGAUUGUUUGACUUCAGAGGUGAAUAAGAUAGCUUAUUUAGAAUACAAGAACAAGAAAAUUUGAAGAGUAUUUUAUUAAAUUGAGCAUGGUUUUGCUUCUUUGUUGUCCAUCUUCCAAAUAAAUAAGUUUCACAUAUACAUGUAUAUAUAAUAAUAAUAAUAUAAGUAUCAAGAGCUCAAAAAGAUAUUCGUAUGUCAUUUUUCUCAUCUCUCUACUAUGUUGGUUGUUGCUUUGGUGUUUAGUUUUCUUUAGUAAUUCUUUUACUUGUUCAAAAAACUUGCUUGCACCUUCACAAUCGUCCAUCGGCCUUUUUCUGCUAUAAUUCUUUGUGACUUCCUUUCAAGUUAAUAUUGAUUAUACAGAACAACUCAAUUAAAUAUAUGAAAUAUUUAUUUUUUUUUAAUGUUAAUAGACAUAGAAUGAGAUUAUUUUGCUUGUAUUUCCUCCACUGACUUUAAAUUACUGCCGUCCUAUCUUCAAUUUUCUUCUCUUUUUUGGUAAAAUCGUUACGCUGAUGAUGCUUAAGUCUGGAAAUGUUCUUUUCUCUAUAAAUUUUUUUUUGUAUUUUUAUUGUUUUUCUCAAUUUUCAACAUGAAAAAGUACAAAUACAUACAUGUAUUGUAUUCUGGUUAAUACAACGCUAUAUUUCAUCCUAAAAUAUUUGCGUCUAAAAAUCCUUCCUUGUCCUUUAUUACCAUUUUCCCACUGUCUUCCUUAUCGCCUCACCCACUAACCUUCAUGUUCUUGUCUCAUUUAUGUAUUUAAAUCUUUUCCCAAUGUAAAUUUUUUUAAUGAUCAAUUUGAUUUAUCAUCUCUCAAUUUUUCCCUCACGCCACUUCUUUAUUGCAUCACUGAUGACCUUUUUAUCAAUUUAUUUCUUUUUAUCUCUUAAUGAACGCAAACAAGGAGGUCUAAAAUAGGUGACAAUACUUUUUCUUCAACUCCACAAAAUACUUGCUAUUAUGUUGCAUUUUUUCAUUCUUUAGUUAUUUAUUUAAACACAUAUUUUUAGGAUAAUUUCCUCUCAUCUAUUUGACGGCAAUUUAAAAUAUGUCCUUUUCAUCUAUUUUAAUUGGAUAUACUUCAUUUAUAAUCUCCUUCGCUCAAGUGCGCCGACUUUAUUUUCUUGUUGUCAUUUUCGAUAGGCCAGAUUUAAUAUUUAUUCUUUUUUUCACCUAUAUAAUAUUCCUUUUAAUAUACAUCCUUUAUAUAUUCUUAUAUAAAUGUUUUGUCCAAAAAAUUUAAAUUGUAUAUUAUAAUAAUAUAUUUUGGUAUGUAAGUUGUUUCUCAUCUUCUGACGAUCAUGCUAAUUUUUUCUCCUUAUGCUUAUCUUUCUCUUUGCAGGACAAUUCUUGCUGCUUUAUCUUUAAGAGAAAGAGAACGCGUGUGGGUGAAAAUUUGAAGGUGGGAAAGGGAAAGAGGAGGAAAAGUUAGUGUAGGAAUAGGGCGUAAGUUGGACUAGUGAAUGUUUUUUUUUGUGGAAAAUAAGAAUUCUUUUUUGAAUACAAGAUAUCCUUUCGAUAAUUUUAGAGACUCUUCACAUUGAUAUAUCUUCCUUUUUCACUAGUAAAUUAAUAGAAAAGCGUGAAAUUAUGUGAUUCUGUCGUUUUUCUGAUUCUUUCUUAAUUUUUUUUUCAUUCCAAUCGCGCGCAAAUACAGGGUAAUCAUGAAUUUUCUCUGUCACAUUAGUUUUAUGUUUUCGUUUUUAUUACUCUUAUCAUUUUUAAUUCAUUUUCUCGUCACUUCUUUUUUUAUUAUAAAUAGGUAUAGUAGUUUCUUUAGGUACUGCACCGUCAUGUUUUCUUCAUAUUUUUUUUCUCUUUUUUACUCAGUCAUAUUGCUUUAGUUAAGUACGAUUUUUCUUCAUCUUCCUCAUAUACAUAAUUUUUUUCUUCUUCAUUUAAAUUUAUUCUCAAUUUAUGCAUCACCCUG